AUGACGGCCAAAAGCUCCAGCGACGUGUCGCCUGGCGAAAUACACACCAAUAUCGACAAUUUGCAACGUCGCCUCGGCAACCGUCAAAUUCAGCUCAUUGCCAUCGGUGGCUCCAUCGGCACCGCCCUCUUCGUGAGCAUCCGUUCGGGUCUGGCCAGUGGCGGUCCCGGCAGUCUCUUCAUCGCCUACCUCCUGUACAGCUGUCUCCUGGCCACGGUCAACAACUGCAUGGCCGAAAUGGCCACGCUGCAGCCCGUCAGCGGUGGCUUUAUCCGCAUGGCAGGUAAAUGGGUAGACGACGCCUUCGGCUUCAUGGCCGGGUGGAACUUCUUCCUCUACGAAGCGCUGCUGAUUCCGUUUGAAAUCACGGCUCUCAAUGUGGUGCUGUCUUUCUGGCGCGACGAUAUCCCUCCCGCCGCCGUCAUCUGCGUGUGCAUUGUUCUAUAUGCUAUCUUGAACGUGCUGGCCGUCAAAGCCUACGGAGAAGCCGAGUUCUGGCUCUCCGGUGGCAAGGUCGUACUGAUCUUCAUGCUCUUCUCCUUCACAUUUGUGACUAUGUGCGGAGGCAACCCCAAGCAUGACGCAUACGGCUUCCGGUACUGGCGUGACCCCGGCGCCUUUGCCGAGUACACGGCCAACGGGUCUACCGGCAACACGGCGCGCUUUGAGGGCUUUCUGGCCGCCUUGUGGUCGGCCUCCUUCACCGUGGUGGGCCCCGAGUACAUUGCCAUGGUGGCGGCCGAGGCCAAACGCCCCAGCAUCUACAUCAAAAAUGCCUUCAAGACCGUCUACAUCCGUUUCGGCCUCUUCUUCAUUCUCGGUGCGCUUUGCGUGGGCGUGGUCGUGCCCUACACUGACCCUGGUCUCACCACUGGAAACGGCACCGCCGCCGGUUCGCCCUACGUAAUCGCCAUGCGCAACCUCGGCAUCUCCAUCAUGCCUGACAUUACCAAUGCCCUUAUGCUCACGAGCAUUUUCUCGGCAGGCAACACGUACACGUACGCAUCCACCCGCAGUCUGUACGGUCUCGCCCUCGAAGGUCGUGCGCCCCGCUUUCUGACAUACUGCACCCGAAACGGCGUGCCCUUCUACUGCUUCUGCGUCGUCAUGUGCUUCCCUUUCUUAUCCUUCCUGCAACUGGGCGAUUCCUCCUCCGAAGUGCUCGAUCUGCUGAUCGGCCUCAUCACCGGCGGUGGCCUCAUCAAUUUCCUCGUCAUGGGCAUCACCUACCUCUUCUUCUACCGGGCCUGCAAGGUCCAGGACAUCGACCGCAAGACCUUCCCCUACUACGGCUACUUGCAGCCCUGGUGCGGCUACGUUGCCGUCAUCGGCGAGACAUUGGUUCUCCUGUUCUACGGCUAUUCCUCCAUCGCCACCUGGAGUCUGAAGGAUUUCUUCACCUACUACACCAUGCUCUUCCUCGCCAUUGUUUUGUUCAUUGGCUGGAAGAUCAUCCACCGCACCCGCUUUGUAGGGUCGCGUGAGGCUGAUCUGGUCUGGGAGCGUCCCGUCAUCGAGGCCUACGAGUCUUCUAUAGUCCAGCCUCCCUCGCACUUCUGGACCGAAAUGAUCCAGCUUCUUGGAUUUCGCCGCAACAAGAAGCAGAACAAGGUCUAA